AUGGUCGCCCAUGUUCGCCCCGCACACCUCGCGAAGCGACAAGACCCCGUCGACGUGCCCACCGCCGUAGGCAUCACAAACGGAGGCAUCACCGUCGGCACAGAUGGUGCAGCGACGGCGACAGACGCACUAGCUUUCGAUACUGCUGCGGGUACAGGGACCCUGAGUCCACCUCCAUUUGCCCUCACGACCACUGCUCCUCCACCAGCUCCCACCUCUUCAUCAUCCUCAUCGUCGACCUCGGCAGCCCCAUCGACCAUCGCCGCCGCCUCAACCGCAAAACCGAUUGCCAUGAGCACCGUCAUCGGCACAUGUAUAGGCGCCUUCAUCGGUGCCAGCGGCCUCAUCGCCCUCGGCCUCUUCGUCUACCGACGCUACUCCCGCACCCUCAAGCAGCGGGCCAAUACCCGCGGCCCGCUCGCCCACAGUCGAAACCUCCACGGAAAUGACGGCCGCCGCAAGUCCAGACUCGAGCAGUGGAACAAGCUCGAGGACGCAGAAGGCGACGGCGAUAAAUGGGAGGGCAUGUAUCAUGACGGUGGUGGCAAUAACAACAAGCAGACGACCGCGACGAAGGAGAUCGACCAGGUCGCCCCGAUGGAGAAGCUCACGAUGUUCAAGAAGACCCCGAGCGUGCGUACGGCGUACACGACGACCGUGGAAGACAGUGCCGCCUUCACCUUCCCACAGGCGUUCGCGCCGUUCGACACCAACCUCGCCAAGACGCUGACCACCGAAAAGCCCGCCGCGAUGCCCGAGCCGCGGCCCUUCCUGGGUCGGGUCGACGCGAACCCCGUCAUCUCCUGGGACUCGCAGGACCAGCAGGGCAGCUCGUAUCUAUCUGUGCGCUCGCGCAUGUCCAGCGGCGGUGCCAUGUCGCCCACACUUCACAUGGCCAUUCCCACGCCCCCGCCCACAGUUUCCCAACCCCACCGCUGGGAAUCAGCUGAAGUCGUCAACUUCUCAGAGGGUCAAGCGGCAGAGGUCGUUAACUACCCGAACCAGAAGUCGAACAAUCCCUUCGCGGACAGUGACGAGGAUGACAACAGGAGGAGCGCUCAUAAUCCGUUCUUCAACGCGAAGGAUUACACCCCGCGACACCGCCGGUCGACAUCACGCUCGAGCUCGACGCGGUCUCGAUCCAACUCGCGAUCGCGCUCCCAAUCCCAAACACGCUCGCGCUCCAAUUCGGUUACGACCCUCACCCCCGCGGUCAAGUCCGCCAAAGCCAAAGGCAAGGAGCGCAUGCGGUACUCCCAGAUGUCCACCGCGGGGACCAUCACCCCUGGGGACGUCAGCGUCAGCACCAACAGCUCUACCGCCGGGGCACCAGACCCCUUCGACGACAUGCACGGCCAGCUCCCGCGCCCGCCGUUCCUCACACACACCGCGACGUCCUCGACGUCCUCCAUGGACAAGGGGGAGCGGGAACGCGCGCUCCAGUCGCUCAUCGCCGUCCUGGAUGUGCCGGAGGAGGAGGUUAGGGAUCGGCUGAGGAUCGCCUCAAUGCAGCCCUCGAUCAUCUCACAGGCGUCGUCGCUUGGCGGCGAGGACGUGACGAAGGAGUUCCCGCUGCCUCCAGGACAGAACCGGGGGUUUGCGAGGCCGUAG